CUCGCCAUGCUUAACGCCUUCAAGCUCAAGACCUACGACCUCGAGCCCGUCUACGCCGAGUGGACGAACCCACCUCGCUUCCUUGGGAACCCGAAGAAGGAUCCCCCCGUGGACGACUGGCUAGGCCAGAUCAAGGCCGGCUGCAUCGAACGCAAGAUCCCCCGCGAGUACUGGCACAAGGUCGCACAGCACUACCUGGCCGACAAGGCGAAAACGCGCUUCGAUGAACUCAAGCUCGUGAUGAAGAACAUGCACGGAGGGAAGUACCGCUGGACAUGGAAGAACUUCAAAAUCGCCAUGCGCAACAUGGGCUGGGACAUUGACCCGCAGAAGACGCAGACGAUCGAAGUGGAGAGCAAGCCAUCGGGCUUCUGGAGGAUCAUUAGAAUGGGCAGCGACGGCGAUUCGAAGGAGGCUGCGCCCGUGCAGGCCACGCCGCCGCGGCCACCUCCGAAGUCGCGCGCGACGUUCGACUUCGGCUCCACGAUGAAGACUCUCCCUGCCAUCCCUACCAUGCGCCGCUCAACCACGACAGACUCUGUAGAGACGAUCUCGUCGCUCAGCACAUCCGGAUCGUCGGGCUUUGGCUCGUUCUUCUCUUCUGUGAUGAGCACUCCCGCGUCCACGCCUGCCAUAUCUACGGUCGCAACCCCUGCGGGUACGCCAGGUGGAUCGGUUACAACCGUCACCCAAGUUCCCGCCUGGCUCGUCAGCGCCUGCCAGUCUCUCGAGUUCCUCACGAACGAGCACCCGAAGGUCAUGACCGCCGUUUCCGCGGUCCUCAUCACCGUCGGCUCCCUCCCCGCGCUCCCCGCGUUGACCGCCGGGGCCGGCGGCGCCUUCCUCGCCAGCAGCACCGCGCACGCUCUCGGCUCCCUCGCAGUCGGCCUCGGGACGCUGCUCCAGGCGCAGACAGAUGGCAAGGUGCAGGUCGUCCAGGGCGACGCCAAGAAGUCAUGAAAUGCCGAACGGCUGGGAAGGGUCGCCGGGCGACGCUAAUCCCUCGUUGUACAACAGUGGACCCUGAUUUACUAUUGUUAUCUAUCGUUGUCCUGUUGCCGUCAGUGACGUACUGCUCUGGGCCAGGAUUGACUGUGUACUUGUAGAGUAGACCAACUGCCGACUGCAAUGAUACCAUAUAUUAACUUAGUCUCGAC